CAGCCAUUUCAGUUUCUUCAAGACCGUGACACAUGCACUCCUUGACAUUAGGCUAUAUACACAUUUCUUCUAGUUCUUCCUCCCCCUCCUCAUCUCCCAUCUUCCCCACGCCACCAAACCCCGAGAACAAGAAAGCUAUAUACCAUCUCUCAUGCGAGUAAAUAAUUAAGUGAGAGCUCUCUGUGUGCGUAUAAGUAGAGAUCGAUCGGUAUAAUCGAGGACUACAUGAGGAUGGGGCUGCGGACCUGCAGCGCCAUGGAAGGUGAGGUCGUCGCCGCCUCGCCUUUCUUCGAGUGGCUCAAGCCACCGCCGCGGCCGGCGUCAUCCUCGUCGUGGUCGUCGUCUUUCUCCUCGUCGUCCUCGAUGGCUUCCAGGGAUCAAGAAACAGUAGUACCUGGUGAAGAUGGCGGAGGUGAAAUUCAAGAAGAUCAUAAGAGCGGUAUGACUUGUUUGCCGCUGCUCAGCAUGCUCGAGGAGGGGAAUUCGAAGAGGCAUGAGCACCCUGUGAAAGAAGAGAUCAUGAGCAGUGCACACGCAGCCGGGGUAGUGGAGCCUGGCGUGGAGUUGAAUAUCGGCUUGCCGGUUACAGGAUCUAGCGCUCAGGAGGUCACCAUGGAGGAGGACGAUGAGGAGGAGGAUGACGACGACGUAGGGGAGGAGGAGAUGGACGAGUGGAAGCCUAUGCAUGGCGGUUGCAAGGUGGAGGGGGAUGAAGAGCAGUACGGCGAGGCGGUGGCGUCGGUGGAAGGGUCGAGCAGCAUCACCGCCGUGGGGGAUAUGUUCGGCGGGGUCGGGGCGGAGAGCGGCGUGGCGAUGAGCAGCCGGUAUUGGAUCCCGACGCCGGCGCAGAUCCUCGUCGGCCCGGUGCAGUUCAUCUGCCAUGUCUGUAACAAAACCUUCAACAGAUACAACAACAUGCAGAUGCACAUGUGGGGGCACGGGCGGGAGUACCGCAAGGGCCCGGAGUCGCUCAAGGGGACGCAGACACUGGCGAUGCUGAAGCUGCCGUGCUACUGCUGCGCGGCGGGGUGCAAGAACAACGUCGCCCACCCGAGGGCGCGGCCGCUCAAGGACUUCCGCACCCUGCAGACGCACUACAAGCGCAAGCACGGCGCCAAGCCCUUCCGCUGCCGCCGCUGCGCCAAGCCCUUCGCCGUCAAGGGCGACUGGCGCACGCACGAGAAGAACUGCGGCAAGCGCUGGUUCUGCGCCUGCGGCUCCGACUUCAAGCACAAGCGCUCCCUCAACGACCACGUCCGCUCCUUCGGUGCCCACCACCUCCCCGUCGCCGAAUCCGCCGCCGCCGCCGCCACCACCCCCGCCGACAAAGACCGCAUCAUAAGCUUCCAACGGUGAGAAAUAUCGAUCGGUCGAGGUCGACGAUGAUCGAUCAUGAUGUGUAGGCUGCAGUUACCUGGUUCGUUACUAAGUCUAUGUAUACGUGAGCACUGCUGCUCGCGUAUAUAUCUACUUAGUAAGUUAACCAUGCAAUUGUCCAGCAUAUAGACAACAAGUUAAUCAAACUAUAGCUACUAGCUAGAGAGUAAUGUAUGCUGAUAUGUGCAUGCAUCCGUGGGGAUUUAGGAGGAAAUUUAAGCAGACUAUUAGCACACAAUAAUUAAGGUGGCUUUCAGCCGGUGCCGAUCGAAAGCUGUGAGCCUGUGAAGUAGAUGAAUUUUCUUCUGCCAGAGUGUGAGCUGUUUAGUGAGGCUAUGUCCCCAGCUUUGUAUCGGAGAAAAUUUCUCAGCUUCACAGGCUAAUUAAACAGGUAAUUUGGAACCUAUUUUAAUUUACAUGCAUUUAUUAAACGAUUAUUGAUCAAUGAGAGAGCUGAUUAAUUCUUAACUUA